AGCACCAAAAAAGGAAGGAGACGGUGAUAUUGAUACAAAUGCAGCGAAUAUUCCUGGCUAAAGGACGAGGAGGAUAUAGUCGAGAAGGAUGACGAGGCCGACGAGAAAGGAAACAAAGAGGAUCAGCGCUGGAAGCAUGGGCAUAUUUCCCAGAAAUGUUCUCGGGCCUCGUGGUCCCGCAUCUGUCGACAUUGUCCCCGACGUCGAGGGCGAUGCAGCGGCCGUGGAGGAAGUGGUCGAUGAUGCCGAGGAUGAUGCAGAUGCAGAUGCAGGUGCGGUCGGAUCCGAUGACGAGGCGGAUGCAGCUGCAGAAGAAGAGCGAGUGGACGAAGGUGAGGACGAAGGAGAGGGCGAGGAAGUAGAAAAGGUGGAAAUAAGCGAGCUGCCAAGACAUGAAGCGGGGAUGCUGAGCGAUCCCGGCGGCACUAUCGAUGACUGGCUGGCAAAGAUAGCAGAAACCAAGCACGAGUCGGCCACAGCCGUGACCGGCGCGUAGGGCGGUACUGGCCGUGAUGUCGUGGAGGCUGUGCCCGUGUUGACUGCCCCUUUGGGAACGGAAUUGGGGGUAUUGGUAGGCUGUUCCGUGUGUCAAUCUCCUCAUCAGUCGGUGUUUGUCUAGUAGACGCGUAUAGCCCACGAAUCCAUACCCACAUCGUUCUGAG